AUAUCUUCAUACACAGAACGUUGAGUUUGCCUCCCUGUGGCGCAAUGCACAGCCACACCGUUGAUUGGCCCAGUCCAUAGCUCCUCGUGGCUGAGCAUGGUUACGUCAGAAUGCCUGUCGCAGGCGCGGCGUCUCGAACAGGUUGCACAUGGGCAGUCGACUCCCUGUCGCUUGCAUUCCAUAAAAAGGUUGUUGCUCCUGCAAUCGUACACCGAAAUAGAAGAUACCCCUCCUGCCCAUAUCCUUCGCAAGACACCUAAUUGCUCCUUUAUCUCUCCUUCGCCUACCAACCCACCUCGAUACCCCGCGAAACACCUCUCGCAAGCAUGAGCGGCCAUGGAGAUCCUCGAUUGCUCUACACAGUCGGCGGCAUUAAAGCCUACCACAUCCAGCAGGGCGAGGAGAGCCCUCUCACACCCUCAGGGCCCCAGACCCUCUCCCUGCUGAUGGUCCCUACCAACUCGCCCUUUGCCGACCUGAGCAACACGCGCGGCCAGAACGAAGCACCCGAAGAAGACUUCUACCUGCACCUCAACCUCCCCCCGGAGCUAGAUCUCCCCCUCCCUGCGACCACACAGAUCUACCACCAGCCGCCGCGCAGCUACCUAAUACCGCGAUGGGACUUGGGCCCAGAGAGCGGCGCCUUCACACGCAUUGAGUUCCCGCCUAUUGGCAAGGGCUCGACAUCGGUCACGCAGGAAGAUGUGGAUACCUUUGAAACCAUCUUGGCACAGUGCACAGCCUUCCUCGAGCGUGCGCAAGCUCCCUCACACGAGAAGGGCAAGGGCGACAUGAAGGCAUACAACCCCCAGGACUACCAGCCAGGCCAGGGCUACGUAGGCACUGGCAACAAUGGUGAGGUCGUAUUGGUCGACGAGGAGAAUGGCAGCGUCGUCGGUGAGCUGGCUGAGGGUGCCAUGAUCCACGCCGACCCAGCAUUGAAGCAGGGAUCCAAGAGUAAAGAUCCCGUCGAGAUUGUCGUCUCGCCAGACGGCAAGCGCAUCGACAUCCGACCACUCGAAGAAGAUUACCUUGAAAUGGCCCGCCAUCCCGCAUACAAAGACUCUGGCCUCGUACAGAACGCCGCCGCCGCAUCUCGCCUUGUCGUUACCGGCUCCAGCUAUCUUAGUAACAUGAUGGUAUCCGGUGCCGAGAACUUCAUCAACAAGACGAGACCGAACGACAAGCCAAUGGUUUUCAAGCCUGCUACCCACGAGCGCGUCCGCAAGAUCAACACCCUCACAACCGGCGUCGCUGGCUACUCAGCCAAGACUGUAGGCCAGCUUACCAAAUACGCCCAGAAUGCUGCAGCAGGAAUGGCAGGUCACAAGAAGACACACGCCAAGAGCGUGAACCCAGACGGCACGCCCAACACAAACUACAAGCCAGGACUGUUGAACAAGAGCUUGAUCGCCUUCUCCACGGUCGCUGACGGCAUCUCGCACUCGGGCAAGCAACUCCUGACUAGCAGCGGAGCCGCAGCCAGCGCCGCCGUCGGCCACAAGUACGGCGCCGAAGCAGGACAAAUCACCACCAACCUCGCCGGUGGUGUCAAGAACGUCGGCCUCGUCUACAUCGACGUCACGGGUGUCAGCAGAAGAGCCAUCAUCAAGUCCGUAGCCAAGGGCAUGGUCGUCGGCAAGGUCAAGGACAAGAAGGGCAACGAGCAGACCGUCAUGGUCGGCGGUGGUGAUGGCGGCACUAUCACGCCCAGCGACUUGAACCCAAAUGUUGGUGUGUCUAACAACAAUGCUCCGCCCAACCAGUCUAGCACUCCUACGCCUGGUGGUCAGGUUUCAUUUGGUGGACCGCCGCCUAGCUACCGCCAGGGUGUUGGUGAGUCGCUUGAGGGACAGCCUGCAUACUAUCCUCAGGAGAAGAGGUAGGGAGGUUUAUGAGAUAUGAGGUAUGAGGUUAUGACAUGAAGCGACUGGCAUCGCAUGUAAAGAGUUGAAGUAGCUUUCUUUCCUAGUUCUUUUGUACGCUGUCUGCUGUUCUAGCGAUAAAUGCUUUCAAUGACAGAUGUUUG